GAGGAAACAGCUUAUAUGGGCUCAGUACAGGGGAAGUGCUCACUGUGACAUGAUGUCUCCUACUGCUCCUCUCCUCUUGGCAUUAGCUUCUCUGUUUGCUGGCUCUUAUGGACAGAAUGUUCAGCAACCCGUCACCCAUCUUUCAGUACUACAGGGGGAAUAUGUACAGCUCAACUGCACACACUCUGGGGCUGAUUAUCUUUAUUGGUACAAACCAUGGACAGUCUGUUGAGCAGACACAUCAGCCUCAAUCCAUCCUGCAAGGAACAUCUGUGUAUCUGGAAUGUACAUACAAAAUUUCUGGCUCUGCAAAUGUUUUCUGGUAUGUUCAGUAUCCCAGACAAGCUCCAGAGAUGCUCCUAAGCAGCGUGUUAAAUGAAGAAAACAAAGGCUUUUCAGCUGAGCACAAGAGAAGUGAAACAUCUUUCCAUCUGAAAAAAGACAAAGCUGAACUGCAAGACUCCGGGGUGUAUUUCUGUGGUGUCAGUGACACAAGCAGCAACUGGAAGAUCAUUUUUGGCAAAGGAACAAAGCUAAAUGUUUAUCCCAACAUUAAAGAUGUAGAACCUUCAAUGUAUCGCCUCAAAGCUGACAGGAAGCAACCAGAGGUCCCUGAAUAUGUGUGCCUGGCCACUGAUCUCCCAGUUAUUGAAAACGGGACAGAGUUCGAACUAAAUGGAGAAUCAGUGGACAAGAUGAACGAAUAUUGUUGGACAAAACUGAAGACAACACGUGGAGAUAUAGUUCUGUCCUGUGGACAUGAUUUGAAAACUGAAUGCACAGUGAAUUAUGGAAGCAAAACAAUUCCUGAAACCCCUUUGGCAGAAAAAGAAGAAUGUUCAUCGCCAAAAAUUGAUGAGACUUUUAAAACAGAUGAAAGACUGAAUACAUUAUCUCUCAAAAUGCUAGGACUGAGGUUCUUUACUAUGAAAGCCAUAGUUUUCAAUGUGAUAAUAACCCUACAACUCUGGUCAGCGUAAGAUAUGUACUUGUGACCGAGAACCCACCUUCGUUUAUGAAAGUUCUUUGCUUCUCACUUUCAAACUUUAAUCAUGUUUCUUGAUCUGACAAUUUUCCUACACUGAAUGCCAAUCUCUAAUCUACAAGAUAUUUGUUUAAAUAACAUGAAGCACGAGGAUUAGUUUGAAACGUACAUUGUCUAUUCUGUAUCAGCACAUUAAAAGCAAAUGUCGUUGUCUCCUCUUUGUAUAUUGCAUAGUCUUAGCUAAAUAAAAAUAUAAUGAUAUCAAAUUAUAGAAUGAAACUGAUUAAAAUUCAUUUUCUGCUGUUUUACUGUUAACAGAUUAAUCUCAAUGAUGCACUUUAAUGCAUAUUUCGUACAUUUUAGUCUCAGUAGUAAUAUAAAUAACAAUUUUAAUUCUUGACUUUUUUAUGAUUUCAAGUUAGUUUUUUUUAAAAAACUUUACUGUAUAUUAAAUGUAACAAAUAAUGUCUAUUUCCAUUGUACAAUGUAGAAAUGCUUCAAAUGUCUUCUAUUAAAGUUUUCAAAAAUGA